CGCCAGGGUUCAAAAGUCAAGUAUUUGUGUGAAAGACACAAACCGGUAAGAACAGAGAACCUAAAACUGGGAGAUUUGAGUUAAGAAGGACAACAGAAGGAAAACCAUGAUCACAAUCACAGAGUUUCAGAAGAUCGGUGUGGGUCUGUCAGGGUUCGGCGUGUUCUUUGUGCUGUUUGGGAUUCUGCUGUACUUUGACUCAGUCCUGUUGGCGUUUGGAAACAUUCUGUUUCUGUCUGGUCUGGCCUUUAUCAUCGGUUUAAAAAGGACGGCCCACUUCUUCUUCCAGAGGCAGAAGCUCAGAAGCUCCGCCUUCUUUCUAGGAGGCGUGGCUUUAGUUCUGCUUAGAUGGCCUCGUAUUGGCAUGUUAGUAGAGACAUAUGGCUUCGUGCUUCUAUUCAAAUCUUUUUUCCCAGUGGCUUUUGGUUUCCUUGCAACAGUUUUCAACAUUCCCUUUUUAACAACGAUUUUAAACAAGUUAUCUGGUAGUAGUACAUCAAUGGUGUAAAAGCAGAUUCUGGGAGAAAACAUUCAAAACUAUGUGUGUGUGUGUGUGUGUGUGUGUGUGUGCGUGCGUGCGUGCGUGCGUGUGUGUGUGUGUGUAUGCAAUUUUAGAGGACCUCUUAAAAAUUCUCAGUUUUUCCUGGAUUUACUGGAUUUAUUAGGUAUGGGUUUAGAAAAAAAAUUCUUUCCAAAUUUUAAAACACUUAGCUAUAAAUCUAUACAUUUUCAAUCCAGAGAAAUUGAGAAUUUUGUAGAUAAUUAUCUUGUCGUUUUUAUUUUAUAUUUGUGUUUUCUUUAUUUUAGUAUUGUUGUCACUAUGUUAGUUAACCCUUAUAUUAUAUUAUAAUAAAUAAAUUUACCAUUA